AUGAAUAGAUUAGUUUACAAUUUUAUUUCAAAUUACUCAAAUCUAGAGGUUUUCUUUGUAAAUGAAGCCAAUUCAGGAGACAACUUCUCAAUAACCGGUGUUCCGUAUGGAUCUUCAAUAUUUGAUUUUCAAUUUAUAGAAACAACUACAGUUGAAACUACAAAGGAUGGUGUUGUCGUUUUACAAUAUGAAGAUCUUUUGAAAAUGAAGGAUUUGGGACAGUCAAUCGAAACUGCCUUUGGAUAUAACGGUAUUGGACUUUUAGUGGUUCGUGGCAUUCCAAACAUCACAGAGUUGCGUGACAAACUCUUGAACUUGGCACCACAAUAUACUGCAUUGCCAGACGACAUCAAAGAGAAAACCGUACACAAAAAGAGUAAUUACUCAUUCGGUUGGUCACACGGUAAAGAAAUUCUUAAACCAGGUGUUUUUGACGAAUAUAAAGGAUCAUAUUAUAAUAAUCCACAAUAUGAUACACCAUUCUCUGAUGCAAAGAUGAUUGAAGAGUUUCCAGAAAGUUGUCAUCCAAAUAUUUGGCCAGUCCAAGAUUUCCCACAGUUGCGUGAUGCUUUUAUGGAGUUGGGACAAACCAUCGUCAAUGUUGGAUCGCUCGUUGCUCAGCAAUGCGAUCUCUACGUACAAUCAAAGAAACCAAACUACCAACCAAACACAUUGAAGCGUAUCAUCGACGAGUCACUCACUUGCAAGGCACGUCUUCUCUAUUAUUUCCCAAUCAAUGAGGACCAGACCGAGCGCUCAAGAGACAGUUGGUGCGGAUGGCACAACGACCACUCCAGUUUGACUGGUUUGUGUCCAGCCAUGUACUUCAAGGUCGACGAGAAGGGUAAUGUCGUACUUGACAAGGAUAUUCCAUGCCCAGACGCAGCAGCUGGAUUGUAUGCACGUUCCAGAAACGACGAGGAGGUAAAGGUUAUCAUCCCAAAGGAUUGCAUCGCCUACCAAAUUGGAGAGUGCUCACAAGUUCAAACCGGUGGAUUGCUCCGUGCCACUCCACACGCUGUCCAAGCCAUCAAGUAUCCAGAGAGUCAGCAAGUAGGUCGUUCGACAUUCGCUGUUUUCAUGCAACCAAAUGUGGAUGUCGUAUUAAACACUCCAGAUGCCACCGAUCAAUGUUCGGUUGGACAAUAUCAACCUGGUAUGACAUUCGCUGAAUUCAGUAAAGUUACAAUUGAGAAUUAUUAUUCUGAAAAAUAA